GACCUGCAAGUGCCGUCAGACAGCGAGACCGCAGAUCCCAAUCAGAGGAGAGAGUCCAGCAACAGCAAUCAAUGACAACUUUGCGCCAAGCAGUUUAGACCCACGAACUCUACUUCAGGAGCGAGAGUUCUUCCAGAGUCGGUACCUCGGGAAGGAACAUCGCCGCGCGGGCAAAGCCACAUUCCAGGGAAACGUCUACAACUUUUUGGAGCGGCCUACGGGAUGGAAAUGUUUCAUUUAUCACUUCUCUGUGUUCAUGGUGGUGCUGGUCUGUCUGAUAUUCAGCGUCCUGUCCACGAUAGAGGCCUACUCCAACUUCGCGAACGAAACUCUAUUUUGGAUGGAGAUUUGCCUCGUGGUGUUCUUCGGCGUGGAAUACAUGGUGAGGUUAUGGUCCGCAGGUUGCCGAUCCAAAUACAUGGGCUGCUGUGGCCGCCUACGCUUCAUUCGAAAACCCAUUUGUAUUAUAGAUUUAAUUGUAGUUAUAGCUUCCAUAGUAGUUUUGUCAGUUGGCUCGAAUGGCCAAGUAUUCGCAACGUCCGCUAUACGAGGUAUCCGGUUCCUCCAGAUUCUGCGCAUGCUCCAUGUCGACCGUCAAGGCGGGACUUGGAGGCUACUGGGCUCCGUAGUUUUCAUCCACAGACAGGAGUUAAUAACGACUUUGUACAUAGGAUUCUUGGGAUUGAUAUUCAGCAGCUAUUUUGUGUACCUCGCAGAAAAAGAUGCCAUAGGUCCGGACGGGAAAACCGGUGACUUUGCCAGUUAUGCUGACGCAUUAUGGUGGGGAGUAAUAACAGUCACCACCAUAGGCUACGGAGAUGCUGUACCUCAAACUUGGAUGGGCAAGAUCGUAGCUUCAUGCUUCAGCGUUUUUGCAAUAUCAUUUUUUGCUUUACCGGCUGGUAUUCUGGGGUCUGGGUUUGCUCUGAAAGUUCAGCAGAAACAGAGACAGAAACACUUCAACCGUCAAAUCCCUGCAGCAGCCAUGUUGAUCCAGUGUCUGUGGCGAUGUUAUGCGGCGGACAAGAGCUUCAACAGUCAGGCAACGUGGAACAUCUACGUCAAGGAGCCUCACAACCCCAAGGACAGUGGAGGCUCUGGGAGGUCAUUAAUGCUCCAAGUAGCUAAGAAGGCCAGUGUUCUGAAGAGACGAAAAUCUCGGAACAAGAUGGAACCACCGCAACCCCCACCGCCCCCUCCAGAGUGUAACAACCGCAGAGAGAGUGAGGGAGAUGUGGUGUUUUACAUUGAAGAGCCUAAGGCUGGCACACCAAACAGACUGAGGCGAGAGGGUGGGGGGAGUGGGCGGGGUUUCGUCAGUCAAACCAGCAGCGUCACGGAAGUUGCCAGUGACGAAAUGGACAUUGAGAUAGAACCGGAGAGAGUUACAACGUUAACAGAAGUGCACAGGAAUGCAAUCAGAGCAAUACGAAAAAUAAAAUAUUUUGUUGCGAGACGGAAAUUCCAGCAAGCGAGAAAGCCCUAUGACGUCAGAGAUGUGAUAGAGCAGUACAGUCAAGGCCAUCUUAACAUGAUGGUCAGGAUAAAGGAGUUGCAGAGGAGGUUGGACCAGACUCUGGGCAAGCCGGGCAGCUACCUGGCAGGUAUCGAUAGAUCUGGCAACGUCAAGCCGAUGACAAUAGGGGCCCGCCUCUACAGGGUUGAACAGCAGCUGUCAAUCAUGGACAAGAAGCUGGAUCAGCUGAUGUAUAUAGCCAAUGCACAGACGCACCAUAGAUUGUCGACUCCUGCGAUGGAGGAACAGCUGAUUUGAUGUAAAUGGAGUCAGGGAUGAAUUGUGUGUAGACCUAAGGGAUGUGUGAAACUCGCCGAAAUAGACCAAAUCUUUUAAUCACAGAUGUCAACGCUAUGGGACCAUAAAUCAUUGACUCGCUGAAGAUAUUGCUACUUUAGUCCUUUAGUUGUGAGGAAAGUGGAUACUGUGUAACCGUUCAAGCGUAUAAUUUUGGCUGUUGGUUCGAUGGGGAAGCUUGUGCACAUUUUUAUGAUGUCCUCCGUGGUUGUCAUACUGGAAACGCUUCUGCUAACUGAUAACAGAAAAAACGCUAUUAUUAGAUAAACUAUUUAAUGUCUUUCGUCUUGCAUGUAAAGCACAGAUUACACCAGUCUUGGAUCAAACAUUUGUAGGAUUGAAAUCUGCAUUGCUGAGCGAUCCUGUCCUUGCAAGCGGCCAUUGGUGGUGGUUCGGAAGUCACCUUCAAGCCGUUGGUCCCCAGGUAGUGUUAGAGAGGGCUACUUAGCCCUAACUUCGCCUGGUAAAAUUAGACAUCUUCACUUAACUUUUAUUGCAGUCACUCUCAUGACAGAGUUUCCAGAAGAUUUUUUGCUUCUCCUCUUAAUUAUGUCCCAGAAUCCAAAAUAGUAUACUCAGGAAUAACAGUCACUUGAAAUUUGUUUGAUAUUUUUAAAAACGUGUCAUUUUAUGUUUAUGUUGUGAUACAGUUGAGACAGGAGUUUCGCACAAAUGCGAAUGGCCUUGAAAAUUUGUAUUGGUCGAGUGGCUAAAGCAAUCAUGCAAACUAUGAGCAAAUAAUGGUUCUAUACAAUGUUUAGUUCAAAUGUAUUAAAAGUUACAGCUAUUAUCAUGUUCACAAGCAUGUACAGGGUGCGGCAAAAUAACCUCCCUAUUUUUAAAUGCUAAUAAAAACCACAGUUUUUUCCAAAAAACAAAUUUAUUCAUUUUAACUUACUCUAUGACAUGGGAAGUUUUUUACACUUUCUUUUAAAAAGAAUAUCAGAUAAGUGGUGGCCGUGGUUAUCAAUAAAUUGUUUGCAAGCGAAUUCUGAAACUGUCGUGGACUCUCUCAAGCAUGGCUUGAGAUAUGCGCAGAACUUCCUCCCGUAUAGCUUGCUUCAGAUCUUGCAGGUUUCUGGGGCGUUGUUUGAACACCUCGGUCUUUAAGUAACCCCACAGAAAAAAGUCACAUGGGGUUAAAUCGGGUGAUCGCGCUGGCCACAAUGUCCCCCUCCCCUCAGGAAAACAACUGGCCAGGAAACACUUGCCUCAAAAUGUUCAUUGCUAUUCGGACAGUAGACUAUGUGCUGUGGCACCGUCCUACUGGAACCACACAUUCUCGAAAGCCCUCUGUGGUAGGACAGGUUCAAAAAAUCCUGCUAGCAUGUUG